UUUACAGAAGUGUGUGCGCCGUUGCCAUGGAAAUAUAAACAAAAAAAAAGUCCAGUGCGUCAAACGUAAGGCUCGCUACUUAUCUCAGAGGAAACUAGUUAGUUUCUGCUAACUAGCUAGUUAAUUAAGCCAUAGCAUGAUUUCAUGGACUGACAGUAAAACGUUAUUGGUUUCUAGAUUUCAUUAGGCUCAGAGCAGCAUGUCUCAUGCACAGUCUCUCAAAAAGACAGGACUGGCAAGAGAAGUCGUGAAAUGGCUGCAAAGCCUCGAUUUGUCAUUUUAUCCGAAGAAUGUGCUCAGAGAUUUUUCCAAUGGUUACCUUGUGGCAGAGAUAUUUUCUCGUUAUUACCCCCAAGACUUUCCAGUGCAUUCAUAUGACAAAGGAACAUCCCUUUCUGCCAAACAGAGUAACUGGAGACAGAUAGAGAAGUCUUUACAGAAGCAGAAUCUGCACUUCAUGAAAGAGGUCAUUGAUGGAACCAUCCACUGUAAACCUGGAGCAGCUGAGCUGUUGGUGCAGGAGGUUUAUAGUAUUUUAACUAACCGGAGCAUCAGAGAUGUUCAGGACCCAGAGCCAGACUUCACUGACAAAGAGUACCAGGGGCUUCUGCCCCCACUGGCCCGCUCCACGGCCUCCAAGGCCAUCAAGAACAACCUGAGGAUAACAGAGAUGAUGGCUGAGCCCGACAUCAGCACAAACCACAGGAAGGCAGAAGUCAUCCUCCACAAGCACCUGGAGCACAAGGCUGCAGAGAGGGUUCUCAACCCUGGACGUUUUAAAGUGAAGCCUAAUCAGGGUCAGCUGGCAGCCAAAAAUCUUGUGCCGUCCAGCCGCGCUGAUGAGUGCUCUGACAGCCCUUCAUCUGGAGACACUACAUCAAAGUUGUGCUCCUUGUCAACAUGGAGUGGAGCUGUUGUUCCCUUUAAGGAGAUAAAGGUGCGCCAGCCUGCCAGACGCUCUCUGGUUAACUAUUAAAAGGAACUGGAGGGAGAUCUGUGCUCUAUUAUUGUGUGUCACUUGAUGUAUUGGUAUGUUUUUCACAAUUAUUCAAACAUAGCCUACUUUUAAUUAUUAUUCUACACAAGUAUAUACUGGAGUAUAAUUUGUUUUGAAAGACAGAUGAUGUCACUGUUUGUUAUGGCUUAUAUAAUGUUACAGUGCCUCUGCAAUCCUGUUUGGGCUAUGUCUGUUUGUACCAGUAGGUGGCAGCAUUGAGUCAUGAGCAGAGCUCUCCUCAAUGGUUUUUUAGACUAAAAUCCACUGUUGUAGGUGUACCAUUGACAAAAAGAGGAAAUAAAACAGUGUAUGUAGCAAAAUUUGACUAGCCUUACUGUUUCUGUUUGUGUUGUACCCAAAUGCUAUUCAGAGUUCCUUUGCCCAUUAAUGAAUAUGCAUCUUCAGUGUAUUUUUAUAUUUAAUGUGUAAUGUUAUAUUUAACUAAUGCUGAUAACUGAUUCCUGAAUUGGCUUGCUAGGUUUGGGGAAUAAAUGACACAUCUCCAUGUGCCAUCUAGAGCAGAAGGAGCUAAACAAUUGGGAUUGUGGGAGAAAAUAAAUUCCAUACCUGAUAAUAA